AAAGCAUGUCACUUGUCUAGAUCUGUACAACGGAACUCCUACCCAGUGCUAUGGUCUAUUUUUCAACAGUGUGUUGUGUAUACAUGAUUUUAUAGAAAGUUUUCUUGCACUCAGUGGCAAUAGGGAAGAACUCCUCAAUGCUGUGAAGAGACGAAAUCUGAGCUGGUUUGGUCCUAUUGUAAGUCAUAACUCACUAUCAAAAGUCAUUCUUCAUGGUACAGUGGAGGGAGCACGAAGAAAGAGUCGUCCAAUGACAAGCUGGCUGGACAAUGUACAAGAAUGCUAAGAACGCGAAUUGUCACAGCACCCCUACGACAAAUGUCAAGGGACAGGUGAAGUGAUGAGAAAGACACAAAGAUAAAGGCACAUUCCUCGUUCUAUAAGCCAGAACAAAUCUGUACAAGUACUCCUUCUUCCCUAAUGCUAUUAUAGCAUGGAACGGGUUGCCUGAGCCAGCCAGGAAAACCAGUGACUUGGCAGAAUUUAAGUCAUUGGUUAACAUGCAUGACUAGAUGCAUGACGCGUUGGACGUAAAUGUCUUCUUUUUUUAAGUAACGUCUGUAUAAUAUAAGAUAAGAAGACUACUCACUCAUCACUCAUGAUUUUCACAUUGAUACAAUCUUCUGAUGACGUUAAUGCUUCAAGCAUUUGAGUGUGUCGACUACCUGCCUAUUAAACAUGUCGCUCUGUUAUGUAAAAUGUUAUAACCUAGGAGCAACUCAAGCUAAGUGUUCAUAGUGAAGUGUUAGGUACAACUAGAUAACAUGGUGCUGAUCGUUAUAGUUUCAUUAUGUUCGCUUAGCUUCGUUACCGUAGGACAACUUCUCCUAACAGACUUGAUCAAUAGCAGGAAUUUCUCAGAGGCGAGGAAUUUAAGCCGAGUUAAGGCACAUUAUUGCCAGAUGCCUGAAAGUUAUGCCGGGUAUAUCACAGUAGAGAAACAGCUGAAACAUCAUCUGUUCUUCUGGUUAUUCCCAUCCUUUCACAAAGUGAACACAUCCCCGCUGGUCAUUUGGCUACAAGGUGGGCCGGGCAGGUCCUCUAUGGAGGGCUUGCUUUGGGAAAACGGACCACUACAAAUUGUUGACGGCCAAAACUUAAAAGUUCAAUGUAAAGCGCGGGAAACUUCUUGGACCGAAGCAAUGUCCAUGCUUUAUAUCGACAGUCCUGUUGGAACUGGAUUCAGCUAUGCCGAAAAUGAGACUGCAGUAAAAAGAAUCGGACAAAGUCAAAUCGCUAAAGAUCUUAGCGGUUUUUUACACCAAUUUUACAUCUUAUUUCCAGAGUUCAAAAGCAAUGAUCUUUAUAUCGGCGGAGAGGGCUAUGCUGCUAAAUACGUCAUUUCAUUCGCGCAUCGACUCCACCGAAACCAUUAUAAACAUUCUAAGCUCCCAUUCUCAGGGAUAUAUCUAAGUGGUCCCUUCUUCGCUCCAGAAAUCCAGAUCAAAUCUUCUCUCGACUUAUUAUUUGCAGUGGGUGCAAUCUCAUACCAGGAGCUUCUAAGUCACAGAAAGGAGGCUGACACUUUUUUCAAUUGGGACAGAAAAAACAAAAAUGUUCAAGAUGAACAAAUGUUAGAUGCCCUGAUGAAGAGCCUCCGUCCUGGCAAUCCGUCAGAUAAUUUCGCAUUGAAACAUUACAAAAACUUCGGAGUAACACAAAAACUGGUGAAUGCAGAUCUAAAGCCGUAUCUAAACGUCGGAGGACGAAAUUUUAAUUUUUACGAUGAUAAAUUAUCUCAGAGGUUAAUACAAGAUUUUAGAUUUUCGUCUAAACUUCAGUUGGCGAAACUAUUGCAAUAUUACAAAGUGCUGGUGUUUUCUGGGGAGUUUGACGCCCUGUUCAGCCCAUCUAUGGUGGACUUUGGUCUAAUGUCCACUCCAUGGUCUUCGCAAAGGGAUUUUAAUAUUUCGGACAGGACUGAAUGGAGACAGCAGCGGAAGCUGUUAGGUUAUUACACACACAUUGAUAGACUCUGUCGUGUAAUCAUAGAAGGGGCUGGCCAUCUGACUUCCUUUGAUAAACCUAAGACAACGUUGGACAUGAUGAAUCAAUUUAUGCAACAUGGAUGUAUACACUGAAAUUAUUCUUUUAUCUUUUAGUUUUUUAUCGUCUUGAUUGUUGUCCAAAACUUGAAAACAUAAGAUCAUAAAAAUCCAGAAAAGUGAACCUUGUUCUAAAUUACCAUGAGUUAAAAAGAAGUAAUAAUAAUUCACAGUUAAAGUAGGUCUUCAAAGAUACAAUCUGGCAAUAGUUCUUGGACAAUGUCAAAAAGUGGUCUUGACAUUUAGCUCUUACUUUUGCUACAGUGGCAGGUUGGUAUUAAUGGGUGUAAAGUGUAAAGAAUUGGUAGGCCUAAUUGUUUUUAAGAGAUCAGUUGGUAUUUUAAUUUUUCAAUCAAUUGUUAUAUUUGCUUUAAAUCGAGAAUACAGAAUUUCAGAAACUAUUAGAAAAAUACAAUGUGAUUUCUUUUUCUUGAUGAAAAAAAUACUAAUAUUAUACUACUGUAAUACCGAAUGAAUAAAAGGGUUCUGCUAUUAAUAGUUAUGAUGCGUCGUAAUUUGAUAAGUAUUUCCAUUUUUUUCUUUAAUGAUAUAUGAAUAUAUGAUUAUCACUUUGUAUCCCCUUUAGCCUUUAGUUUAUUUUUUAGUGUGUUCUAGACGGCAAUAAACAGUUUUAUCUCUUAA